AUGUUAAAAAUUUUAGUAGCUAUUUUAGUGAUAUUCUCAUUACUAUCAAAUUUGAAUGCAGUAAAUGGAGAUAAAAAUGGCUGUAUCGCCACGUGUGCCCAUGCUCAUCCAGAUUAUUUUAGAUUUUGCGCCAAUGGAUACAGUCAAGCAGACAAAUUAAAAUGCCAAAAUAUAAAUGAAAAAUGUGCAUUAAGAUGUCCAAACCAUUAA